AUGAGGAAUGAUAGCCAAAGAAGUGGAGACGGUGGAUCACUUGUGCCAAUCCCGGGUAGGGGUAAUAAUGGGAUUAUCCCGAGCUCGUUUAAGGCUCUUUCCAGCUACGUGAAGAUUGUUUCGUCAGGUGCAUCGACUGUGGCCUCUACCGUAAGGUCUGCUGCAUCUGCUGCCUCUGCUGUUGUGGAGAAGGAUGUUGAGACUAACCAUUAUCAGGUCUCUUGGGCUGGAUUUGACGUAUUAGAACUUGAAAGAGGUAUCACAAGGCAGGUUCUCUUGCUGGGGUUCAGCUACGGAUUUCAGGUCUGGGAUGUUGAAGUAGUAGACAAUGUGCAUAACCUUGUCUCCAGGAACGAUGGUCCGGUUUCAUUUCUGCAGAUGUUACCAAAACCCUUGUCCCCGAAUAAAAUUGGGGAUAGGUUUGCAGAAAGUCGCCCGUUGCUGAUUGUUUGUGCUGAUGGAUCCUUUUCUGGGGAUAUUAAUAAUCAGGAGGGGUCAGUUGUUCCUAGUAAUGAAUCCACCAAACACUGCAAUGAAUCGGUUAAGGGAAGUUACGUGCCUACUGUAGUUUGGUUUUACUCCUUGAGAUCUCAAUCCUAUGUACAUCUUUUGAGAUUCAGAUCAAUUGUUCACUUAGUGCGAUGCAGUCCCCGUGUUGUUGCUGUCUUGCAAUCGGCUCAGAUACACUGUCUCAAUGCGGCUACGCUUGAGAAAGAGUACACAAUUCUUAUAAAUCCAAUAACGCCAGGGUGUUUUGGAUUUGGGAAUAUAGGUGUGGGGCCCCUUGCUGUGGGCCCACGUUGGAUGGCUUACAGUGGGAGUCCGGUCGCAUUUUCUAAUUCCCGCUCCGUUGCUCCACAGCAUCUUGCUCCUUCUAGUUUCCCCGGUCAUGCUUCAAAUGGAAGCCUCGUUGCACAUUAUGCAAGAGAGUCGAGCAAGCAUCUUGCUGCUGGUAUUGUGUCUUUAGGGGACAUGGGGUUUAAGAAGCUCUCGAGGUACUAUUCUGAGCUGGUACCUGACGGCAACAAUUGUCAUCCGGGGGCUGUUCGUGUGAAGAUGAAUGGCGUUGCAAAUGGACAUUCUCAAGAAGCUGACAAUGUUGGGAUGGUUAUUGUCAGAGACAUUGUCAGCAAAACUGUGGUUGCGCAAUUUAGGGCGCAUAAAAGCUCUAUUCAGUCAUUGCGUUUCGAUCCCAGUGGCACUCUUUUAGUGACAGCUUCUGUUCAGGGCCACAACAUAAAUGUCUUCAGGGUAAUGCCUGGUUCAUCUGAGGCUGGAGCAUCUUAUUCCCAUCUGUAUAGGCUGCAACGUGGUUUCACUAAUGCUGUUAUACAGGAUAUAAGUUUUAGCAGCAAUAGCCGCUGGAUAAUUAUCAGCUCCUCUAGGGGCACAAGUCAUCUUUUUGCUAUUUCCCCGUCAGGGGGAUCUGUCAGUUUUCAGUUGGAUGCUUCACGAGUCAGAUUACAAGUUAUCAUCCAGCAGACUAUCUGUUCUUCUGGCCCUCCGCUGACCCUUUCUGCCGUUAGCCGGAUUAGGAGUGGAAGUACCAAUGGUUGGAUAAACACAGUAAGUGAUGCUGCUUCUGCUGCGACUGGGAGGCCGAGUUCUCUCUCUGGGGCCAUUGCUUCAGCUUUUCGUGAGGGUCAAAUUUAUGAUACUCAUGGUGACUUGAAUUCCGUGAAGAAAAACUAUUACCUUCUUGUUUUCUCUCAAUCUGGAUGUGUAAUGCAGUAUGCCAUACGUUUUCCGUCUGCUUACAUUGAUCAGGGAAUAAAUCCCAAUCACGACCCGGAUCUUGAUCAUGAUGCGCGGUUGAUGGUUGAGGCAAUGCAGAAGUGGAAUAUCUGUCAGAAGCAAAACUGGAAGGAGCAAGGAGACAGUAUGGAGGCUAAUAAUGGAGCUAAUGUGAAAUUAGGUAUGAGUAAGAUAUAUCCUGAAAAUAUGAAAUCAACAGAUAAUAAUGUGUUCCCUGAUGUUUUUGGGGUGGCUGUGAAAGAAAAGAUGAGUAGUGAAGAAAAGCACCAUCAUAUGUAUAUCUCUGAGGCAGAGCUUCAGAUGCAUCAAAACAAGAACCUGCUGUGGGCAAGACCUGAGAUAUAUUUCCAGACAAUGGUAGCUGAUGGGUCGGAGAUAAAUGACAAAUGUGGUGGAGAGAUUGAGAUUGAAAGAGUCCCCACCCGCAUGCUUGAAGCAAGGUCAAAAGACUUGGUUCCCAUUUUUGAUUAUCUUCAGAGCCCCAAGUUUCUACAAGGAAGGUUUUCAGUCAUAAAUGACGACAACAGUGGGAAAUUUCAGCCUCUGGGGUCUGAUGUAUCUGAUGGUGGCUCUCUUGACUCGGUAGCCAAUGGUGGCCUCAUCGAGAAUGAAAUGGACAAUGAUGAAAAUGGGCAAAAUGGAUGGUUCUUCGAAACCAACGCGGCCGUUGUAGAUACUAAUGAUACUCUCCCAAUAGCGAACACUGAGCUUAAGACUGUAAAUACUAACGACAGUUUUACGGUUGGGGGCCAAGUUAGUUUUGUAAAUAAUAGAGAUGGCCUGGGCAUGGAGAAUCAUUUUGGAGAGAGUGACAAAGUCUGA